CUCGAGAUUCGCAUCAGCGAGGUGCACGAGGCGAAAGACGACUUUGAGGAAGAGGUCGUCUUCAAAGGCGUCGAUCCCAUCACUGGAAGGAUUCCAGCGGAAAGAAUCAUCAGAUUCAUCGAGGAAUGGCUGAGAUCGGUAAACACGAUAAUAGAGAGGCUACGGUUAAAGAGCGCGACGAUAAAGAUGCAAAUCAAAAAGGCUAAACAGCAGCUGAUCCAGAGAGAGGAGCUUGGGGAGGCGCUUCACGCCGUUGAUUUCGAACAAUUGAACAUCCAGAACAAGGAUUACGCAAGAAUGAUCGAGGAAAAGAAUCGCUACGUGUUCGAGAUGAAGAAGAUCGCAGGCCACUACCACUUGAAAUUGACGCAACACAAACAGAAACUUAGCAAUCUGAUGCUCUCGUUGAACGAGGUGAAGAAAGAAAUCGCGCUGAAACAGCAACAGAUCGAGGAAUUGAAAAUUGAACGCGAGGAGAUAGAGAUUGACUUGAAACGAAGGGACGAACGUUUGAAGAAACUAUUAUUUUUUAUGGACCGCUAUAAGGCACCAGAUAUCCUAGACUUCGUAAGAUUAAUGGUGGAACUGAAGGAAUUAGGAAAGACCUACAGACUUUUAGACAGACGGAGGAACAUCGAAAAAAUAAUAUUUCAAUCCUCCCAAAGACACGUCCGGAACAACACUAAUCCUGAUAUUAGCCACGAGUCUGUGCAGAACAAAAAGCUGAUAUCAGGUACGAUGUUCCCGAUCAUAUCGUACCACAAAAUGUCGCUUCCUUUCAUCUAG